CCCUUACAACAACUAAAACAACUCAAAAAACAACCAAAACUCCUCAAACAACAAAAAACAUUCCAACAACAAUCAAAACCACUCCGCCAACAACAGAAACAACUCCAACAACAACCAAAAAUACUUCAACAACAACCAAAACUACUCCAACAACCAAACCCACUCCAACAGCAGCAGAAACAACCCCAACAACAACCAAAACCACCAACAAAACUACAACAGAAACACCCCCAACAACAUCCACAACCACUUCAACAACAACUAAAACUAAUCCACCAACAACCACUAGAGAAACAACCCCAACAACAACCAAAACCACUCCAACAACACACAAAAUCACCUCAACAGCAACCAAGACCAUUCCAACAACCAAAACCACUCCAACAACCAAAAUCAAAACAACCCCAGCAACAACCAAAACCACUACAACAAAAAACAAUACCAUUUCAACAACAACCACAAAAGAAGCAACCCCAACAACAACCAAAACCACUCCAACAACAGACACAACCCCAGCAACAAUCAAAACCACUCCAACAACAACUGCAGCAGAAACAACCCCAACAACCAAAACCACUCCAACAACAGACACAACCCCUACAACAACCAAAACCACUCCAACAACAGAAACAACCUCAUCAACAACCAAAACCACUCCAACAAUAGAAACAACCCCUACAACCACCACAACCAUUCCAACAACAGACACAACCCCUACAACAACCAAAACCACUCCAACAAC